AUGGAGAAGAACUUAUCAAAAGCUUCCGUCAUCUCAGAAGCUUCUGGCUCUGGACCGCCACCAGCAGUCCCCGCAAAUUACAGAAGUCCAAGUAGAUUCAAGUCUGUUCAUUUUCGGUUGGUUUUUUGAUGUCGGCUUUGGAAAACUAUGGUAAAGUCUUUAAAAACGCAAAGGCUGCACGGGAAAUGACUCCAAGCGUAAGAAUUCGAGAACCGGCAAGAGUUCGGGUCGGAAAAAAAAUUUCACUUGGAAAAAUUCAAGCCAUAACUUAUUGGGAAGACGCUGUGUCAACUCGUUUGCUCAAGCGACGAAAUGGCUCAAUCCGUUCCUCCAGGCGACCAUCAGACCCGAUACCAAGAUCGUCUAUAAUGCCCUGUACGACGACAAUCACACAUAUGAAAUCAAGGUGGUCACCUCUUCGGUCCGCCUCAUUGGCUACGGAAUCAAGACGACGAAUAAGAAGCUCCUUGGCGUCAACCCGACCCCAAGGAGGCUGUCCUACUCUUCUCUUGCGACGCGUUUGCUUACGGACAGGAGGACAAGAAUAAUGACCGUAUCACGAUCGAGUGGACCAACACGCUCGAAAGCUGUCGCCAUGAAGUUCCGCCGUGAAUAUUUCCAAGGCGGCGGAGAAGAACCUGACCAUCGCGUACAACCCUUGAGGGACGACUUGACGAGGAUUACGACACAAAAUGCUUUUUUUUGUGUAAAAAAAUAAAAAAGGGGUUUCAAGCGAAAAAAAAAAAAAUCAAGAUGAUUCAGAACAAAUUUUAGACAAAAAUAAGUCCAAAAACUUGUCGCACAAAAAAAAUAUUGCACGUCGAGAAAUAAGUUUCAGAUUGGCCCUAUUGCUAUUUUGUCUCUGUCUCUGUGUGGGCUUCUCCAUAUUAGGAGUAAUCUACUAUCUUUCUCUGCGCAGUGAUGUCAUAAAUGCGGACGAAAAGCCAUACGAGUUUGAAGGUCCGGGAAAACUGAUUUUCUCCGCUGUGGUAAAUUCGAAGAGUUUUCUUUUUCAAAAUCGUUCUAGCUCUUCCGCCACGGAGCCCGCGCCCCAUCAGACGGUUUCACCAAACCAGAAUACGCCACGUAUUUUCCGCGUGGUUUGGGGGAGCUCAGUGAUGUUAGAUUCGCAGUUGUUUCGAAAAAGUUUACUAAAUUCAGCAAGGGAUUCAAAACUCCUACAAGCUGGGCAGGAUCCUGGGGGAACGAUAUGUGGGAUCAGGCUUCCUCGACAAAAAACUAAUGCCCAAAGAGGUGAAAUCGGAAAAAUUCCUGUGA